CAUUCCCAUUACUCAGUCCUCGUCGCCUCCUGUCCCCUCCCCUCGGCGGAUAAACAAACGGCAGCGCGUGACUCUAAUGACUUAAACGCCGCCUCACCGACUGAGAAAAGUUGCUUCUUGCUGCUCCGAUUGUCGGCGCUCUUCCCCAAAUCUUGGAGCGGCAGAUUGGUGGAAGGCGUGUUUGAAAAUAAAGCCUCAUUUAGAUGCUGUUUGCUUUUGGGAGAUUGGUCAACGUCGUUCUUUGAGGCUUCAUAUCUUUUGAGAUCAUUUAAUUGCUGGAGUAACCCUACAAAAUACAGUAUGCAUUCGAGCUUUGCAAUUUCAAACUCCUAAGGGGCGUAAAGGUUCAACAGAUUCCCUCCCACCUUGUCCACAGUUCUCCCCCGGGUAAGUUUCCUGCCCAUCCUUCUUGUGCAUUGCACCUUUCCUGCCAAAACCCAGGAAACAACUCGUGUUACUUCUUGUGUUAGUCAGUCUUGUUAAUAUCUGCACCCACUACCACAAGGUCUGGCCUGGCUCCUUCACCCUUGGUGCGCCCCGUUCCCCGGGAACCACCGUAAUCCAAAAAUCAGACCCCGGUGCCUGGGGCUCCUGAGACCCGGAGCUCCCAGCUACGGGCGGCACUUCCUGCCCGGCGGGCUGACUCGUCGGUGACACGCCCGCCGCUUGUAAACGCCAGGCGGACGCAGCUCGGGCCCAGAACGCUUCGGGCCCUCGGACCUCUUCUCACUCCGCCUGGGUGGGCGGCUGACGGCGCGAUGGAUCUGGCUGGGCUCCUACUGGACGAAGAGGGCACAUUUUCCCUUACCGGUUUCCAGGACUUCACGUUCCUUCCAGGACACCAGAAACUGAGUGCUCGAAUCCGAAGGAGACUCUAUUAUGGUUGGGACUGGGAGACGGACUGCACCCUGGAGGAGCUCUCCAGCCCUGUGGCAGACAUCACUGUGGAACUUCUUCAGAAGGCAGCACCCAGUCCUAUUCGGCGACUCCAGAAGAAAUAUGUAGCUCAUGUGUCCCGAGAGGCUUGUAUCUCCCCUUGUGCUAUGAUGUUAGCUCUGGUGUACAUUGAGCGGCUCCGUCACCGAAACCCAGACUACCUGCAGCACGUGUCAUCUUCUGACUUGUUUCUGAUCUCCAUGAUGGUGGCCAGUAAAUACCUUUAUGAUGAAGGAGAGGAAGAGGAGGUCUUCAAUGAUGAAUGGGGAGCUGCUGGGGGAGUGGCAGUGCCUACUCUUAAUGCCUUGGAAAGGGGCUUCCUUAGUGCCAUGGAUUGGCGCCUCUACACUGAUCCUAGGGAGAUCUUUGAGGUGCUGAAUUGGCUAGAGAGCUGUGUGGCUGAGCAGCAAGGACGUCGGCGGGGCUGGUACACCUACACAGACCUGUGUGUGCUGCUGGAACAGCCAGCAUGGCAGCUGUCUCUGGGCUCCCUCUGCCAGCGGCUGGUAAAGCUGUCCUGCUUGUUAGCUGUGGCAUAUGUGAGCAGUGUGGCCCUAGCUGUGGCAUCAGUGGCUGUAAUACACCAGUCCUUGGGGCUGUCCUGCAGCCCCUCACCAGGUCCUCCUGACCUCAUACUGGUUUCCAAAGGCCUCUUGCAGUCCUGCAUACAUUCCCCCGUGCCGCAGUGCCUGACUAAUGUCUCCAGGUGCCAGGAAGACAAUGUAGAGUUGCCGUCACUCUGGGGCAGUCUUCUGGCCUCACUGACACCCCCUCCGGUACCUCCCCCAGACCCUCCUGCCCCACCUACUCCUCUCCACAAAUGUCCCUUUUGCGAGAAGUUCCAGAGAACCCCCCCUAACUGCCGUGCCUGCCACCAGCCUAACCGUACUGUGUCUAUUGGCCCUUCACGUCCCUUUUACCAUACCCAUGGUUUGGCCCCACCCUGGCUCUGGAGCCCAGUAUCCCCUCCAUUCCUCCAACCCCAGCAAUGUUCUCUUUUUAGUGUCAUGGAGCUGGCCCGUCUCAAGUCUUUCAUUUUCCCAGGCUAG